AACAAUUUUCGAAAAAUUAUUGUGUUUUAUUUAAAAAUUCGAGAAAAAUGGGGGCCCCGGCAAAAAAAGACAGCUGCUGUAAAAUGGUGAUGAAGUUUCUCUUCUCCCACAUCGGCCUGUGCUCCAUGGUCGUGCUGUACAGUGUGGCCGGGGGGUUCAUCUUUGAGCACCUGGAGAAGAACAACGAGCAGCAGAUCUGCUACGACGCCAGGGCGGAGUACGAGCCCAUGGAGAGCAAGACCAUCAGCUCCACCAUGAAGAUCUUCUAUGAUUACGGAGGGGCGAUAACCACCAACGCCAGCAGGGAGCUGAUGAUCAUCCAGCUCCAGAGCGUCCUACAGACCUUCAGGAACAACACCCUGGCCAUCGCCUACGACGGCAGCUGGUGUGGCCUGUAUGGUAAAGACAACGGUCCCAACUACAAGUGGUCAUGGGCUGGUGCCGUGCUGUUCGCCGUGACUGUCAUCACUACCAUCGGCUAUGGUCACAUAGCACCCAAGACAGUCUGGGGCCGGCUGGUCUGUAUCGCCUACGCCGUGCUAGGGAUCCCAUUGAUGCUGCUUUGUUUGGCCAACUUGGGAGACGCCCUGGCUGACAUCUUUCGCUUCAUCUACGCCAAGAUUUGCUGCUGCGGAUGCUUCAAGGGGAAGAAGAAAAGUAAGGAGAGCAACAACAAGGUUGUUUCGUUGAAGAAUUCCGACAGCAACAACGCUGGUCAGUGGGACUCGGACAAGAAAAACUUAGCAGACAUGACCAACUCCAGUCCACCAGCGUCCACCGAGUUCACGCGAAUCUCCACCAGUUCACCAACAGACAGCAUGGACAUGAGCGACACCCGCAAGUUGAGACCCACAUCUAGCAACUCCAGUAGGGGCAAGGUGAAAAUCGUCCCCCUGGACCUGAAGAAAAACGACCCUGUUAUCUUAGAUGACGACUCGGACAGUGACGACGACGACGACGACAUCGACGAGAAGAUCACCGUGCCCUUGACCAUCACCAUGAUCGUUAUCGGCGGCUACAUCUUCGGCGGCGCCGUCCUCUUCGGGCUGUGGGAGGGCUGGGACUGGCUCCAGUCGGCUUACUUCUGCUUCAUCACGCUCAGCACCAUUGGAUUCGGUGACGUAGUUCCGGGCACAGACUUUGAGAACCCCCAGGCGCAGGCGCAGUUGCUGCUGGGAAGUGUGUACGUGUUGUUCGGUAUGGCCAUCUUGUCCAUGUGUUUCUCGCUCAUGCAGGAAGAGAUUCUCGCCAAGGCUCGAUGGAUUGGGCAGAAGUUGGGGCUCGUGGAAAAGGAAGCAGACGAUUGAUUGACUGGAUACACACAUACACUGGACAAAGAAAAACACGAUUGAUUUUAGACUUCAAGAAGCACUUGCUUCAAUUAAAUCUGUUACAUGUAUAUUUUAAAAUAUAAUAUAUAUGCACUGAAUGUUAAAUUUGGUGGUACUAAUACAACCUACAAAACAAAUAUUAAUUACUUAGGGAGGAACUUUGCUGUAGAUCCAUCUCUGUUUCAUGUCCGUGUAAAUAUAUAAGGGUGUCUACAGUUUUAUUUUUAUGUUGAUUGUUUCUAACUUUCCAAUCUUUUUAUAAGAUUUCUAUCACAAAAGUGUAUAGUAUCCUUUGCUAAAUCUAAAUGUUGCAAUAGUAAAUACAAAUUUGUAAAAAAAAAUAAUUUAGAUUUAUAUUUACAUUUAGAAGUUUUGGUUUUCUUGAGCAGCCAUUUGAUUUUUAAAUAUAAUUACACGUUUGCUUAUCAAACUAUGCUGUUUUCACCAUUUUACACAAAGAUUCAUUUAUUUGAACUAAAAUUUCU